GAGUUGUUGAGCCGUCUGUCUUCAACAUCAACAAAGCCCGAGUAGAGGCAGAGUUCAGCGGAUACUGCGACGUGUCUCUGGGAAAAGCCCAGCUCGGUUCCGCUAAAAAAAAAGAACAGAGCAGAAAGUCCCUCUCGAGCCGCAAUAAGUUUCCUAGUUGUCUUCUCUUAGGUUCGCGCGGAGUGUUUCUGGAUGUUAUAAUGACUUUUUACAGAGUUCUCUCGGCGGUGUUUGUACCGAUAUGUUGUGUGUUUGUGUCCGCGGUGGAGGAUGCGCUCACACUCACCACCGGCACCGGCGGCCGGGGCACCGUGGCGCCCGGACCCGCGGUCACGAACUCCUCCGGCGGGGCGAACUCCACACACAGCGGCGGCGGAGGCGGCGGCGGUAGGAUGCUUAGCGGCCUAAAUGUGGACAGCUCGAUGAUCCAGAGGGCCCUGUACGUGUUGAUCGCCAUCACCAUGAUUGGAGUUCUCUACUUCCUCAUCCGAGCUGUGCGGAUGAAGAGGCCCGCCCCCAAGAAGAAGUACGGUCUGCUGGCGAACUCGGAGGACUCGGUGGAGAUGGAGGGGGGGGAGAGUGACGAGGACGACACGCUGUAUGAAGCUCGCAGCCUCCGCAGAUGAGUCGCCGUGUGUUCACCGGACGGAUCAGGCGAGUCAUGUGUUGCGUCA